GCUUCUCUAAAUAGAUCGUAUUGUAAUCUUUCCUCAGUCCAACGUGGUUCCUUCAGAAAGUGUGCUGCAUCUUCUCCAGACUUCUGCGGUGUAUGAGGAGCCAGUGACAGUGAUGAACUCGGAGCAGGAAAGGCCGUAUGUGUGCAGCGCCCCGGGCUGUUCUCAGAGAUUCCCGACGGAGGAUCAUCUAAUGAUUCAUCGGCACAAGCAUGAGAUGACCCUAAAAUUCCCCUCCAUCAAAAAUGACAACAUGCUGUCAGAUCAGACGCCGACCCCGACGCGCUUCUUGAAGAACUGUGAGGAGGUGGGUCUCUUCAGUGAACUGGAUUGCUCCAUCGAGCAGGAGUUCUGCAAGGCUCAAGAGGAGGAGGACAGUAAACAGAAUAUCGCUCUUCAUGGGCAGGGAGGCCCUAACCAGCACCAGCAGACCCACUCAAGAAUGACCAACCAUGACAGCAGUAUAGUGAUUCAGCAGGCACUGCCCUCGCCCCAGUCCAGCUCAGUCAUCACUCAAGCCCCUUCCACCAACAGACAGAUUGGGCCAGUCCCUGGUUCUCUUUCCUCAUUGCUGCACCUGAGGAACAGACAGCGACAGCCACUGCCGGCCUCCAUGCCUGGCACACUGCCUGACCCAACUAUGCAAGGAUCGUCUGCUGUCCUGAUGCCUAUGGAGAGGCAAAUGUCUAUGGGCUCCAACAUGAUGGGCAUGCAAGGCCCGGCCCACAACAACUCAUGCUCUUCCCCUCAUGUUCCAUCCAUGCACUCAGAGGCAAAGCUGAGACUGAAAGCCGCUCUUGCCCACCAUCCAGGGGGUAUGGCGAAUGGCAGCAUGAACUCUAUGGGUCAUAUGAUGGAGAUGAUGCCCUCACGGCAGGAUCAGACCGGGCACCACCACAUGCACUCUCACCCUCACCAGCACAUGCAGGGUCCACCGCACGGAUACCCACACCAUGGCCACCACCACCCCAGCCAUGCCCAGAGUGUCCAUCACCACCCACAGAGCCACGGGCACCACAACUCCCACCCAGCCCACAUGCACCCCGCACACGGACAUCAGACCUCACCACAUCAAGCCAUGCACUCCGCUGCUUCACAGUUAUCCCCAGCUGCUCAGCAAAUGCAGCCUACACAGACGCUUCAUUCCCCACCGCCCAGCGGAGGUCGUCGCAGACGUGUCGUGGAUGAAGACCCCGAUGAGCGCAGACGGAAGUUUCUUGAGAGGAAUCGUGCAGCCGCCACACGCUGCAGACAGAAGCGGAAAGUCUGGGUGAUGUCGCUAGAGAAGAAAGCUGAGGAGCUCACCCAAACCAACAUGCAGUUGCAGAACGAGGUCACCAUGUUGAAGAACGAGGUGACACAACUGAAACAGCUUUUACUGACACACAAGGACUGUCCCAUCACCACCAUGCAGAAAGAGUCUCAAGGUUACCUCAGUCCAGAAAGCAGUCCGGCAGGAAGUCCCACUCCUGUAACUCAACAGCAAGUCAUCCAGCACAACACCAUCACCACCUCCAGCACGGCACCCAAUCACUGCACAGAUAUCAACCCCAUCCACUAGAGACUUCACCCUUGACGCUGGACAUCCCGACUGCAAGCUCUGGACAGACACACACCUCUGUGACUCUGUGGCAGCUUUUAUUUCUGUUAGUAAUUUGUAAACGUAAACUGAGUACCAUUUUGUUUAUUUCUUUGUGUUUUCUGUUACCAUUCAAGUCCGCUUAAAAAAAGGGAGUCGGCGUAAUUCUUCAGGCACCAUCCCGCUUGUCAAGAACAUCAGGGAUGGGUUGUUGUGGAAACACAGCCGCUACAUCUGUUCCUGGACUACUACUGGACCACUGCCUUUACAAAAUUCAGACAGCUGGACAGCUUUUGCCCUGAAUUGUCCAUUGCCAAAAGAUGCUGUCUUUUCCUCUGUUUAUUGCUAGAACAAUUACUCUCACAUUCCCUGUUUUUAUCUAACUGGAAAGGAUAAAUGAGGAAGGUCAGUCUCCAUUAGGAACUCCUAAUGAAAGUAAUCUGAAGCAAUACGAAUCCCUGACAUGCUCAGCAAUCUGAUUGCCUUCACUUGCUCACUGAGGCCAGAAUGUAGAUCAGAUUAAGUUCGCCCUUUUAGCUCCUGUCAUUUCUGAUAUGGUGUCAAAAAGUUAUCUUCUUAAAACAUAUCGGCUUUAUCUUCUAAGCUGGUACAGAUCACGUAAAUGGAAUGCGUUUAUCAAGCUGACACAGGCUCAUGUGAGCGUAUGCCCUGCUUAACAUGUGCGGGAUUUCGGAGUGUUUCCAGAGUUGUGAGAUCACAGCUGCAAUUGUGUUGCACCAGGAAGACGUCUCACUUGGCGUUAAUGUUUAAAUCUUUCAGAAGAUACCAUCAGCUGUUUCCUUUUAAGCUGGUGUGACUUCCAGUGCUCAUCUGUUUUUAGUGGUGGAUCAUUUCGGUAUCUGUUUCAGAUCUAAAACAGAGUGGACUAAGUUUUACGCACAUCUUUUAAUACAUUCUUUUGUAUGAUACAUGCUCAUACGUGGGCCUUCUAACCACGUCCAAAACACUCCUUAAGUGCAUCUAAUCUUGCAGCAGAAGAAUGCCAUGGAAAACUUUUGGAAGGUUUUUGCUUUACCUGAGGCUAUGGAAAACUUCCACUGGAGCCAAAUGCAUUGUAAUGUGUUACUUAAAAUUAGCUUUCGCUUUGGCUCAAAGUAUUGUUUAGGUCUUCCUCAAGCAUUAUGACUGUGAGAUCAAUUUAAUUGAACAGGAUUUAAUGUGAUAGUAAUGGUUUGUGUGGUGCUUUCAGUCAUGAGGUAUCCUUGACAUGGACCCAAUAUGAAUAUACCCAGCAGGCACACAACAUCAUAAGACGUUAUUAUUAGGCUAAAUUUAGAUCAUGAUGUCAGGUGACCAAAAUUCACUGUCUAGCCAGCAUCU